AAUUACGACGAGAGGAGUUACUUCAGUUACUUAAAAAUUUUGUAUUUAUUUUUGUAAAUAAAACUUAUUUAACUAAAAAUGGAAAAUUUAUUACAACCAAUAGCUGAAAUUUAUACCAAAUACGUGAUAGAAAAACAACCAAGUCCCAGUUAUGUUGAAAUAUAUUCCCGAGAAAAUAAAGAAAUAGCUAUUGUGUAUGCCAAAGCUAAACAAUCAAACACUACAGCUAGUCACAAGGAAAACAACGACAAAAAAGAAGAACUCGAUUUAACGGGAUCACCGCUUAAAUUGGACUUGAGUUUGCAUACAAUACUUGAUGACACCUUGAUAUCAGAUGAGCCACAGUUGUGGAGGAAAGAAGAGGCCUUACAUACACCUAUUGAUGUGGAGCAAGCAAGAGAGAUACUAAACCUUUACAGCCAAAGCUGUAAUACUGUUUCCAAAGAAGAUUCCAUCCCUAUGUGGAUAGUCUGCAAACCAGCUGAAGCCAAAGAGCUGCUUUUCACAAUCCAGUCUAAUGAGAAGGAGUUUGCUAGAGGCGUAGUAACCUAUGAGGGUUCAACAUUACUUGAAGAGGUUGAUGUUGAUAAUAUUGUCCAGGAUUUUGCAUCACAAGAGCAAAUUAGUGAGAAUUUGGUGACAGUGUCAGUUGACUGCAAGUACUCAAUAUCAGGUGUCUCAUACAGCAACCUCACAGUGGAAGAGCAACUCAACGCCCCACACGGAGGUGUGACUGAGCUGUACUGUGAAUGGAGUGCUAAGACUCUUCUUAUACCGUUCAUUAGCUGUAAAGUUCAAUUGGAACAAGAAGUGACGAUAGGGCACUUGGCAAGCCCGUGCAAUGCUAUAUGGAAGUCUGUCACAGCACUGCACAAUAUCAAUCAGCUCCUUGUAGAUAUGACUGCAGCUGGCCCCAACUCUAUCAACUUGGAAACUGCUAUCCUUAGAAACAUAAUUCAAGGUAUGAAACGUCCAAACAAUUCGAAACGUCUGAACAACUUGCUCAACGAGACGGAAACAUAUACAUAUACCGCGGAGUGCCCCGCCGGCGGUUGUGUGUGUGUUACCGAGGAUACCAGCAGUCUGCGACAGUGCAUGUCUGCCAUGUCUGCACAAGGCUCUAGCAACGACUUCACUUACAAACUAUGGGAUAUUUUACGAGACUGUGAAACUGCUGAGGAACUGAUAACGAUACUAAUGCAAGCGCUAAAAUUCAUAUCCUCUGGAAAAAUACGACCAUUUAUUGACGUCAACAACAAAAGUUACCUGUCAAAGUUAGUGUUGAAACUGUCAAGAGGUCACUCUCAAACCGCCAAGGUCCUGAAGAACCUCCGCUCGAGUCCCCCACAAGCUUUGUCUUUGGUAGCACAAGUCGGUGUAGAGAAAACCAUGUGGGAGUACACCAGGGUGAUGUCACUGUUGGAACAUUCCUUCUUUAUUGCUGGGAUAUGGAAUACUGAUGCGAGGUCCCACGAAUCCAUAGAGCAAAUAAACCAGACCAUACAAGACAUGACCAUGGGCGGAGACUUCACCUUGAAUCCGUUUGAAACGAUCGCCACAACGGAAAAUUCUAUACGAAUCGACGCCGAAUCGUUUUGUAUUGACGACCCGAACGAGCUCACGGUUGAUGACUUCGCGUCUUUGAAGAAACAUGGUUUAGUGAGUGAGAAGAAAGAUGUAAACGAGGUGCCGUUAAUAGCGGAUGAAAUAGACAUAAGCCCAUGGAAGAAUCUACUGAUGAAGUUCGCUCAAGUCCACGUGUGUUUGGAGCAUCUGUACCGUGCUGAAAUGUGCUUGCGAGUUGAUUUUGCACAACUCAAGCCAAUAGCAUCGAAGCUUCUAGAACACUAUGCAUCAGAGAAGUCCCCCAUCAAAACGGUCGGCCAACUGAUGAGCGAGCCCGCACAGAAGAUCAGCUUGCCUAUAGCAAAUAAUAUUGUACAAGACCAUUUGAAAAAAUCAGCGUUCUGGUAUCGCAUGGAGCUGAAGAAAAAGCCGAACUGCACCGAAGGUCUCAGCAGAGAAUGCAGACACAUAUACGUAUACUCCCAGCAGCCUGUGUUCCCGCCUCAAGUGUGGCAGCAUAUAGAACCUCCCAGCGAGGAAGUCGCCGAGGUAACAACAGUUGAGGAGUUGAAGUAUCAUUGCACCAAAUACGUGAAUCUGAACAACCAGGUGUCAAGGAAGCUGGCAUUUCUUGAACAACGAUUACAUGCUUAGCAGUAGAUUACUGAACUUAAAGGCGAUAAAUGUAUAAAGAUAUUUUUAAACAAA